AUGGCCCGCUCACCACCGAGUAGGAGACACGACGAGCGUCGUGAGGAUCGCGGCUUCCGGCGUCGAUCGAGAAGCCGGGAGCAUGUAAGAGGCUCCCACCCCACUAAUCCUCACAGAAUGUGGUACCUGACUGCACGACAGCGUCGCGAUGACCGCGACCGCGACCGCCACCGUGAUCGACCCCGACGCGAUGACGACAGAUAUCGAGACAACGGCUUCCAUCAAAGCAGCCGCCGCCGCGACGACCGUGGCAGCUCGCGCUACGACGACCGACGCGAUGGCUACCGCGAGCGGUCGAGAGAGAGAAGACUUCGUUUGAGCAGGGAACCGUCACCGGUGAGAGAUGAUCGACAUGGACACCGCCGCAUGCGUGAUGAUGAUACCUACGGUGACCGUGACAGUAAGCGUCCGAGACGCAACUCCCAGACUCGGAGUGAUCGGGUAAGUUUACACACAACUGAUGUUCUUGCAAAAAUUUCGCUGAACUCUCAGUCUUCCCGUCCGACUACCGCCGAUCCGAAGCAGCACGACAACGAUGCGGAGAAGGUUGCGGAGGCUAAACUCCAGCAAGAGCGAAUGGCCAGGUUGGAGGCCUGGAGAAAGCGCAAGGCCGAAGAGAAGCAACUCGAUACGGCCACCUCAUCUGCUGGACCAAAUUCGCCUAUGCCUUCCAACCCGACUACUGUUCUUGGCUCGCCAAACCCUGAGCAGGAUGGAGUGCGCUCCUCCUCCCCAGGUCGCGCCCCUUUCGAUCCCAAGGCCAUUAAGAAGCGAGUUGAAAACAAGAUGAAGGCCAUGAAAGCGACUUUGGGUGACGAUAUUGCCAUUCCCGCUGCUACCAAUGGAACCGCAAGCGAGCUCAAAUCUACGCCGCGCACUGGUGGCCAAGCGAUUACCACGGUCAAGCCCGCCGAAGCCAAGAUCACUGGCUUUGAGCUCAACAAGACAGCUGGUAAUCAGACAGCCGACCCGGCUUCGAAAGCCGCUGCAGAUUUUGACGAGGAGGAUCAAGUGCAACGCAAGAUUACAAAGCUACCUGAGCUCCCACAGUCUUCACUCACUGGGAAUACUGCUCCUGCCAGCGACGAAGAGGACGAUGAUGCGGGCGCAGAUGAUCUUCAUAGUAGCGACGAGGGAGAAGCCCAGGCUACUCGUGAGGCAGCAUUGAAGCGCGCGGAAGAAGCCCAAGCUGAACAACAAGAUGUGAAAAUGGCCGAAGCCGCGGACCCAUCCUCAACUAAUGCAGCUUCCACGGACAUCGAUGAAGAUGUCGAUCCGCUCGACGCGUUUAUGAAUGACCUAGACCAAAAGUCCGCGCCGCCGGUCCGUUCGUCGGCCAAGCGAGGCGGUCGCACGCAGCAACUCUUCGACGAAGAUGAUGGACCAGACCUCGAUGCCGUGGGAGAGAACCCAGAGGAUCUCCUGAACAAUCCAAAGCGUAAGAGAAAAGAGAUUCCGGACGUUGACCAUUCCAAGAUCAACUAUGAAGAUUUUCGCAAGAACUUCUACUCUGAGUCGAUCGAGGUGGCCGAUAUGACCCAGGAAGACGUUGACACUCUUCGUGUCGAGCUGGACAACAUUACAGUCCGAGGCCAGAACCCUCCAAAGCCAAUCACCAAGUGGUCGCAAUGCGGCUUCGCGCAGCAGGUUCUGGACAUCAUCAAGCAGCACAAGUUUGAAACUCCUACAUCUAUCCAGUGCCAGGCAUUGCCGGCAAUCAUGUCUGGACGCGACACCAUCGGAAUUGCGAAGACCGGUUCGGGCAAGACUCUGGCCUUCAUUCUUCCCAUGUUCAGGCACAUCAAGGACCAGCGUCCUGUGUCCAACCAGGACGGACCGAUCGGGCUCAUCAUGGCGCCUACACGAGAGCUAGCAGUGCAGAUUCAUCGUGAAUGCAAGCCGUACCUCAAAGCGCUCAACCUCCGCGGCGUCUGCGCUUAUGGCGGUUCACCCAUCAAAGAUCAAAUCGCAGAGCUCAAGCGUGGAGCUGAGGUUGUCGUAUGCACUCCUGGCCGUCUCAUCGAUCUGCUCGCCGCCAACGCCGGUCGUGUCACGAACCUGAAACGCGUGACAUAUGUCGUGAUGGACGAGGCCGAUCGUAUGUUCGAUAUGGGCUUUGAGCCACAGAUCACGAAGCUCUUGAACAACAUGCGUCCCGACCGCCAAACCGUCCUGUUCUCCGCCACCUUCCCUGCGAAGAUGGAGAGGCUCGCCCGCAAGGCUCUGACUCGGCCUGUCGAGAUACUUGUUGGGGGCCGCAGCGUGGUUGCAGCCGAGAUCACGCAGAUCAUCGAGGUUCGGCCAGAAGACACGAAGUUCAAUCGUGUCUUACAACUUAUCGGUGAUCUAUACGAGCGCGACGAAGACGCCCGCACUCUAAUUUUCGUCGAGAGACAGGAGACGGCCGACCUGUUGUUCAAGCAAAUCAGCAAGAUGGGCUAUCCUUGCCUUCCCGUCCAUGGAGGCCGAGAGCAGAUGGACCGAGACCAAGCCAUCGCGGAAUUCAAGGCUGGUGCUAUACCUAUCAUGGUCGCCACUUCCGUUGCUGCCAGGGGCUUAGACGUCAAGCAGCUCAAGCUCGUGAUCAACUAUGAUUCGCCGAACCAUGGAGAGGACUAUGUCCAUCGUGCCGGACGCACGGGACGAGCAGGAAAUACUGGCACCGCUGUGACUUUUAUCACCCCAGAGCAGGAGCGCUUCGCGCCAUUCCUGGUUCGCGCACUCGAAGACAGCAAGCAAGAAGUUCCAGCGGAUAUGAAGAAACUGGCAGAGAGUCACAAGAAGAAAGUUGAGUCCGGCGAAGCAAGGGACGCCGGCUCUGGAUUUGGUGGCAGAGGUAUCGACCGUUUGGAUGCCGCCCGUGCUGCUGAACGCGCUUGGGAGAAGGGCCUGUUCAAGACUGGUGAUGAGCCAGAAGAGGAGGACAAAGAAACCCAAGAGAAGUCGAAGAAGGAGACCGCCGUCAGCGAACUUGUCGCCAAGGCCGCUGGCGCUAUCAAGGAUCGUGGCGCACCAUCUGAGAAGCCUGCUGAGAAGACUGCUGAUGCUGAGUCUGCCGCAGCUGAGAACUCUGUCACGAAUAGCAAUCUUGCGGUGCAUCUCAGCAACGCGCUCAAGGUUCAAAAGGUCGCGAAGCCGCCACCGACGCCUGCUGCCACCGACCCGCUGUCCAAAGCCGCAGCGGCUGCUGCUACCAUCAACAGCCGCAUAGGCCGUGGUAAGACACCAUCUUUUCUUUCCCACGGGUCAAGACUAACAUGCAUCGCAGGUGCAACUCGUUCUGGCGCUCCCGCCGAUAACCGCGGUCCGGAUGCCGGCGAGUUCCACGCCACUCUCGAAAUCAAUGACUUCCCCCAGAUGGCUCGCUGGGCUGUCACCAAUCGCACCAAUGUCUCCAAGAUUCUUGACUCGACCGGCACCUCGAUCACAACCAAGGGUAAUCACUACCAACUCGGCUACGAGCCACAAGCGCACGAGCUACCCAAGCUGUACAUUCUGGUGGAGGGAGACACCGAAGUGGCCGUUAGUGCCGCCAUGAGGGAGCUCUCCCGUCACUUGACGGAAGGCAUGAUGCGCGCGCAGGAACAGGAGUCUCGUGGUACUAUGGGCAAGUACAAAGUCCUCUAG